UCCGGAAGUGAGUAGUCAGGACGGAACGGAACAUACGGCGUACUUUGCCAACCAUACAUGCUUUUAAUGUUUGAAUGUAACUACUCGUCUUGUCCUUUUCCCUUACAAGAACAGUUCAUCUUUAUUAAAGGUACUUCUUAUGUGGGGGAUAUAUUAUACCAGAGCAGAUAGCGCUCUAUGCGGAAUGUGACACUUUCAAUCUGGGUCACUUUCCGAUUGUGGAUAAAUAUUUAAAAAAAUCCAAAAUAGGAUACAGUCAUUCUAGGCAAAGUUACGGUUUGUUCUCAAUAUUAUAAGAGCCGUUACAAGAGGUGGAUGCCUCUUGAACACAAUUUAACUUUAAACUGUUGUGUGUAGACAAUAAACACAUAUGAGUGUGUAUUUAACAUUGAUUUAAGUCACAUAGAAGGUCGUUUUGUUCGUUUUUAAACCGCUGUCGUCACUACGAUUCUGCUGAGUCACCAGUUAACCUGAACAACGUCUAUAACAAGCCUGACUAGGAAGCAGAGAUGAGGGUUUCCACAAGUAAACUGCAGCAGCUCACCAUCUUCACCACUGUGCUGACAGGUGGAGGGAUCGGCACCAUGUACUAUCUGCUGCAGAAGAAUUUCACAGAGUCAGACUACCACAGAUUGGCUCUGCAGAAGUUGGAAGCAUGUCCGGCUGCCAUGGAAAGCCUGGGAGCACCACCCUUAAAAAUCCACAACAUCCAUCUGACUGACAGAAACAAUCGUGUUGACCCGCACAGCGCAUGGAUAAAGAUCCCUGUGACUGGGUCAAAAACUGGAGGUUAUCUGUAUACAUCUUCAAUUAGAGACGCUAAUACCAACAGGUGGAGUCUGAAGCAGGCAGUUCUGAUGCUCAAAGAAGGGCAGACCAUCGACCUGCUGAAUCCUCCUCCUCCAGCUGUGACAGAACACACAGAGGAACUGAAUACAGCCUGCUGUCACUGACCAACACCAUGAAGUAAUGACAACAAUAAGGAGGAUUUUGUCCUGCUCCAACAAGUGUUGAGUAGAGGUCUAAUUAACCAAAAUCAUGUGGAGGAAUAUUUACCAAUUGGGAAAUCCUCAAUUUUGGCAUAAUUUUAAUGUGGUAUGGUUUUCAAAAAGGGUAAGGCUGUAUAUAUCAUAUUUUUCUUCAUGUUUGAUUUUGUUGAUAUUGAUCCCCUGAAUUAAUAAACUUUAUCAAAUAGGUAUUAAUGGAAAAUUCUAUCAAGAUGUUAUUUCUUUGUACAGGACACCUGUGCCUAUGUAAAAGUGAUUGAAUAUCUUACAGAGUGGUUUUCCACACACUGACAUUCUAUCACCAACCUUAUUUGUUGAUUUUGAUGAAUGAUUUGUUAAGGGAGGUAAAGAAGCCAAGGGAAGAGUAUUGUGUGACCAUAUACUUGCAAACAUUCUUCUUUAUGGUAAUGAUAUUAUUUUGCUUACAGAAGAAGUAGAAUAUUUACAAACAACGUUGUCAAGUGUUGCUGAAUGAUGUAAAAAAAACAUGAUUUAUGAAUUUAUGAAAACCAUAUAGAGGUGAGACACACCCCUGAAAACGAUCCCUGUGGGGACAUGAAUCUGGUUACACAUGUGGAGACUUCCUAUGAUGUAAAUCAUGACUUUUUAGGAUAAAGACUUGGUUUAAGGUGAAGGGCAGGUUUGGGUUGUUAGACGUCUUUUAAAAAAGUAUACUUUAAAAUUAUUAUCUCAUGCCAUGUCAUAUUUAUACAUAUGGGUAUAUACUGUAUAUUUUUUAUUAUAUUGGAAUUUAUUAAAUUAUCUUUAAUGAAUUCCAAUGCUGAAUAUGUGAAGCUAGUGUUACAUUGCGAUGUAUGAAAAGUGCUAUACAAAUAAAGUUUGA